UCCGACACUCCUGUUCUCUCCAACUGUCGGUCCCGGGAAUUGACAGGCUAUGCCGCGUAACUACUGGAACGGAUAGCGCACAUUUCUUUCUAUUCAAUUUCUACAAAUCAGCAUUUUUCUGGAAAGUAGGCCUAGUCAUAUGUUGCCCUGUUGUUUAUGUUGUGAAUUCUAAGUGGCGUUAAAAAUGGCAAAGUGCUCUGUUUUACUUUUCUACUUGCUGCAAGGAUUGGUUCACCUCAUCAUAGGACAGCAACCGCCGCGCGAGCGCGUCGGCCCGUGGCGGCAGAGGAUUCAGUGGGAGAACAACGGUCAGGUGUAUAGUUUGAUGAGCACUGGAUCAGAGUACCAUGCACCGGUGCGCCCAAGAAGCCAAUCCAGGGUCUUUGUCAGCAGAAGAGAUGGCACCGGCCAUUCCGUACCCAGAGGAGCGCGUGAAGGAACAUCUCAAACUAGAACCGGGCAAUUGGAUUCACAUGUUGGCGGUGGUUCAAGGGACCGUAACAAUGCUGUCGAUCCCGGUUCUAUUGGUCAUGGACAAGACAAUAGACAAUAUAUGGCCGCCAAUAGUCGCGCGUCAGGAGCAAGACAACAGCCGGAGCUCCCAUACCGACAAGGAAUUGCAGGGUCUCCUGGCGCACGGCGCUACACCCCAGAGUACACAUACCGAAUAAAUGCCUCCACACACGGAAUUGUACCCGAAUUCUCAGGGAGUGGGGUACAGAGAAGAGGGCCUCUUGCUGCUCAGAAUGCUAAUAGUGAUGCUCAGUCGAGAGUUCCUACAUCACCGUCCAGAGGCAGUGAGUCUGCGCCUGGAGAAAGUUACAAUCAGGUGCGCCCAGAGGCGGAGGCAUCUGUCUCCACACAACUUGUACAGACGGAAAUCUUAAACCCCGAAAAUGUUGGCUCUGACGACAGAAAUGUUCAGGGCCCUGCCCUCGGUCCCGGUGAGAGUACAUCAAACGAAACUACUACUAACGGUGAAGAAAUGGCCGGGGAUGACCCUCGUAAUCCAUUGAAAAAUCACAGGAAUUCAGUUUUUUACAACAUGUACCCCUCAAGAGGAAGACCAGUUGCGCGGACGCGGCGUCCACCACCUGGCACUGGAUACGGAACACGAUAUUUCCAGAAUGGACUCCCAGAUCUCAUUCCAGACCCCUAUGCUAUCCAGUCCGGUGCCUACAUCCAGCGCAUGCAGAUGUAUGCUCUGCGCUGUGCAGCUGAGGAAAAUUGUCUUGCCAGGUCAGCAUACAGCCCCACUGUGCGAGACAUUGACUACAGAGUGCUUCUACGGUUCCCUCAGAAGGUAAAGAACCAAGGCACAACUGACUUCCUGCCUGUGAAACCAAGACACCAGUGGGAAUGGCACAGCUGCCACCAGCAUUAUCAUAGCAUGGACGCCUUCAGUAACUAUGACCUACUGGAGGUCACAACUGGACGUAAGGUGGCAGAGGGACACAAGGCCAGCUUCUGCCUGGAGGACACUGGCUGUGAUGCUGGAUUUAGGCGACGCUAUGCGUGCACCGCACAUACACAGGGGUUGAGUCCAGGCUGCCAUGACACCUAUGCUGCCAAUAUUGACUGUCAGUGGAUAGACAUAACUGAUGUGCCACCUGGGAACUAUGUGCUCAAGGUGACAGUCAAUCCCAGUUUUCAUGUUCAAGAGUCAGAUUUUUCCAACAACGUGGUGAGGUGUGACAUCACGUACACUGGCACGCAAGUCCAGACACGCAACUGUCGGGUAACGAGGGGUUGAAACUAAAGAAAGAACGUGGAACAACAUUGAAGUGCUUUCCAGUGAGCACCUCCAAAUACUGUAUACAGCAACAAUAUUACAGUUGUUGCUUUGUAUAGAAUGUUUUGUAAAAUUGUGCAGCAAUCCUUCAAUCAACGUAUGUGUUACUAGAUUGCAUUGAGUAUUAUGUUUGCAAAAUGUUCACAUUGUGCAAAUGAAACAAUCGGUUUAUUUUGUAUUUGAAUGAAAUAGCAUACAUUUCAUUACACAAGCUUAACAAUUUGUAUGUAACAAAUCCAUUGCAUAUGGCUAUUUUUGUAUUGUAAGAAUAAAAGAAUUGUGGUACUGCUUGAAUUUGAACUUAUGCUUGAAUGUUAUGUUGCAUUAAUAUGAUAGUAUUGACAUGCACGUUUAAAAGAUUGCAGUUGUGUUUAACCACUUGGUGGCCACAUAAAUUAAUUGAAAGUGCCUCUUCAGCCUGUAUAGAAUAGCAAUUAGAUAAUAUAUUUCCAUUCACUUUGUAAGUGUGUAUGCAUGUGUGAGUGAAAGUAUUUUUUUAUGUAAAGUAAUGUCAUGUAAAAUUUUAUUUAUGCGCUAUAACCUAUUAUUUUUGUAAUUUUGUCGAUGUUGUGCAAAACACAAUAAACACAGUAAAUACAGUGUGUAUAUUACCAAGACGCUCAAACUUUUGUCCCCUUGUUUUAUGUGACAGAUGUAGAA